UAAAGAAGAACAAAGGAAAGAAAACAGCGAAAGGGGAAUGCAUGCGUACGGGAACUUCAACCAAGUUUCAGUAAACAUAGAAACUAGAUACAGGGACACUGGGUUAAACAUGGACGGAAGGCAGCAUGGCAGACAUGAGAUAUAUCCUGGCAGUGGGAACCAUUUUUCAUCUGGAAAUGUUCCGUCAAACUACUAUUUGCCGGGAUAUGUUCCACAAAGUCUUCCAUCCACGGAAUCAAAUCGUCCUCCUGUGAACAUGCAAAUGACGCAGAAAGAUCGAGGCUUAGGUCAAACCCGCGUGGGUCCUGUAGAAGAUUUUCACGAUUCUAUCCUUCCGUAUGGACAACGGCGAAAUCAAAGCGACCACAAUCAGGAACAAGAAGAUGAAGAUAAACCAUCAAAGCUAAGAAAUGUUCCGUCAAACUACUAUUUGCCGGGUUAUGUUCCACAAAGUCUUCCAUCCACGGAAUCAAAUCGUCCUCCUGGGAACAUGCAAAUGACGCACAGAGAACGAGGCUUAGGUCAAACCCGCGUGGGUCCUGUAGAAGAUUUUCACGAGUCUAUCCUUCCGUAUGGACAACGAAAUCAAAUCGACCACAAUCAGGAACAAGAAGAACCACCAAAGCCAAGAAAUGUAUGGUGGUAUACUGGAUGUCGCGUAUUUUCAGCCAUUUUGAUAAUCCUGGAUUUAACGUUCGACUGGAUAGAGUACACUGACAUGGAAGAUCCUAUCGAAGAUGACAGUAAUUGCCAAAAACAAGAAUUCGAUUCAGAAGAUGUGGCGAAUCAGUUUUUAUAUGUUUGUAUUGCUGGCACUAUCCUCGCCAUUCUUCAGAUGGUCAACAUCGUUUACCAGAUUGUUCAGAAUCACCGCUUACAUCCUACCGAAGAAAUUCCAAAUCAUCUGGAUGAACGUACUGAAGUAUUCUUGGUGACGACAUUUAUUGAAAUACCACAAAAUUUUCUACUUUUUCGAUACGAAAAACUUCUUUGUUUGGAUUGCGAAGUAGAAUGGGACUCAAAGACUAUCAAACGAUUUAUGAAUGGAUUGGUAGCUUGUUUAAGCAGCAUUUGGCGCUACAUAACAAAUAUAAAAGUAUCAGCAGGUGACAAAAGUGAUGGCUGCUGCAGAAAUCCUUGUCAGAAGUGUGGUGAUUGCUUUGGUAACUGUAUCAAAAAGUUCUGCAAUGGUUUGCUGAAAUGCCUUUGUCCCUGUUGCUGUUGUUGCUUUGAUUGCAAGACAUUUUUUCCCUGCUGUUGCUGCUCGAUCAUCAGCAAAAAUGGAAGCUGUUACACGGAAUGCUGCUGUAAUGGGAAUUCUUGUAAAAAUAAUCCUAACGAGCCCUCAAUACUGGCCGACCUAGCAGCCAUACCCACGGCCCUCCACGUCUUCUUCUACACUGCAAGGGCCAUGAAAAAUUUCUGCAGCUUGUCAGGAAUAUAUUCGGUCUACAAUAUUAUUCCAUGUUUUAUAAACGAUACCAUUAUCAGUUGGCUUUGGGACAAGGUUUUCUAAGUGUCAUUGAUGUAAAAUUGAUGAAAUUUUUAAAAUUUUACUUGGUUUUCAAAUUCACCUUUUGCUCAUAGAUUAAAAUGUUUUCUUGAGUAAACAGUGAAUCAGCAAAAUUUCAACUUGAUUUUUGUUUGUUUUAAAGAUAGGGAUCCCCCUUUAU